AUGAUGACGCUCGGUCUGGGGCCGCUUUGCGCGGAGUGCAUGAGCAUCAUCAAGGAUAUUCCUCUUACGCUGCUAUUUGGGCUAUUGCUCUCUUGUUUUAUGGGACUUUUUAGCCUGGCCUACCUCCUCCUUUUGAUCCUAGCACCUGCUCCACGAGCUCCAUUCCCUGAAGAGAAGAAAUACAAAGCAAUUUUGGAAGAUGGUACUCUUGCUAAGGACCAGCAACUACCUUGCUGGCAUGACAAGAUCAACCUGGACACGUACAAACAGUCGGACUUCGAGGAACCCACCUUAUUCAUGUCCGUCGUGAUACCAGCGUACAAUGAGGAAAAGCGACUCCCUGGGAUGCUGGAAGAGACAGUUAGCUAUCUAGAGCGCGCGUACGGGACGCCGAAGCUAUCAGGCCAAGCGGAUACAACAAUUGCUACCGGUUUACAGGAUGGCGAUCUAGGAGAGACGCGACUUCGACGCAAUGCAAACGGCAAUGCAAAAUCUGGCGCAGGCAAAGACUCUACCACACCGUUGAAAGGCUGGGAGAUAUUGAUUGUCUCUGAUGGCUCGACCGACAGCACCGUGGAGACGGCAUUGGCCUUUGCCAAGGACCACCAGCUUUCUGCUCAUCCAAAGGGGCAUGCAGGGCCAUGGACCCCUAAACUAAAAGAGGGAGUUAAGAUACCAGCCGGGAGUAUACGAGUUAUUGAGUUGACUCAGAACAGGGGUAAGGGAGGCGCAGUGAUCCACGGUAUGAGACAUGUUCGAGGACAAUAUGCCAUAUUCGCCGAUGCCGACGGAGCCAGCAAUUUCAAUGACUUGGGUAGAUUAGUGGAAGCCUGUGAAAGGGCGGAAGACACCAACGGACGUGUAGUUGCCGUUGGGUCGAGAGCACAUCUUGUAGGAAGUGAUGUGGUUGUCAAGCGCUCCAAACUACGGAACUUUCUGAUGCACUCUUUCCAUCUAGCGCUCCGCCUUCUUACGCCACCGGCCACAGCUAGAAUCAAUGACACUCAGUGCGGCUUUAAGCUCUUUUCCCGUGCAAGUCUGCCAUAUAUUAUACCCUACAUGCAUUCGGAAGGCUGGAUCUUUGACGUUGAAAUGCUCAUGUUAGCUGAAUUUGCCAACAUCCCUGUUGCCGAGGUACCUAUUGGAUGGAAAGAGGUAUCAGGUAGCAAGCUAAGCGUUGUUUGGGAUAGUCUGGGCAUGGCUUAUGGGCUGGCUAUACUUCGGGCUGCGUGGGGCUUUGGCGUUUAUACGCGAGCUGGAAGUUGA